AUCAGAGAACACCACCGAAAAGUCAGGAAGGAGGCCAAGAAACGUGGACGCAAAAAGCCCAAGAAAGAUCCAGGUGUUCCCAGUGCUGCACCAUUCAAGGAAGAGCUUCUACGGGAAGCAGAGCAAAGAAAGCAGAGGCUUGAAGAACUAAAACAAAAGCAAAAGCUCAACAGACAGAAGGAACAUGAAAAGAAGAGGAAGCUUGAAGCUAAAAAGAAUGCAGCCAAAAUCAAGGAAAAAGCAGAGGGAAAGGAAUCCUCUGGCAAAUCUAAAGCAAAGACUAACAAACUGCUGGAUAAAAAUUCAAAGAAAUCAUUUUGCAGGGAGCUCAAGAAGGUGAUUGAGGCCUCAGAUGUGGUUCUAGAGGUUUUAGAUGCAAGAGAUCCAAUGGGCUCCCGGUGUCCUCAACUGGAGCAAGCUGUAACUUGCUCUGGAGGAGACAAAAAGCUACUGUUGGUUCUGAACAAAAUUGAUUUAGUGCCAAAGGAGAACUUGGAGAAAUGGUUGAAUUAUUUGAAGAAGGAGUUUCCAACGGUUGCUUUUAAAUCGGCAACGCUGAUGAAGGACAGGACUAUGCAACAGUUCACAAAAAGACGUGCUCGUGUUGAUUUAUCAAGAACCACUGCAUGUUUUGGGAGCAAAUGCCUUUUGAAACUUCUUCAAGAGCACGGCAAGACUCAAAACAAAGCCAUUCAGGUUGGGGUAGUAGGUUUCCCUAAUGUGGGAAAGAGCAGCAUAAUCAACAGUCUUAAAGGAGUUCGUGCUUGCAAUGUUGGCCUAGCAAGAGGUGUUACCAAGUCCAUGCAAAUUGUGCACAUUGAUAAACAGACAAAGAUAUUAGAUAGUCCAAGUAUAAUUGCAGAUCCUUCCAACAAUGCCCUGGCUCUGGCCUUGAGAAGUAUCAUAGACCCUGAAGAAUCAGGCUCAGCAGAUGUGCUUGAAGGAGUAGAUGCCAUUCUAAAUCACUGCAGUAAACAGCAGGUAAUGAUGCACUAUAGUAUCCCAGAUUUCAGGAACACUGAGGAGUUUUUAACUUUACUUGCUCAGAAAAGGGGUAUGCUGAAAAAGGGAGGCAUUCCUGACAUAGAGAAUAUAGCUAAAUUACUACUUUGUGACUGGACAGGAGCUAAAAUAAGCUACCACUCACAACCUCCAGGAUCUCAGAGACUGCCACCAUGUCUUACAGAAGACAAAACAGCUGAAAUGCAGGAGUGCUUUAAUUUAAAAUACCUAGAAGAAGAAAACAACAACACUGUUCAAGCUUUAAAAUACCCCAGUCCAGCAAGUAGCAUCAUUUUCCAGUCAGCUGGUAUGACAAAUGGGACAAUAGAAGAAAACGAAGUGAUAGAGGUAGCAUCAGAGUGGGAAAACUUGGAAACAAGCAAGGAGGGGGAAGAAGAGGAGGAGGAUCUCACAGAAAGUGAUGAUGAUCAAGACUAUGUAGAAGAUGACGACGUCAAAGAGGAAAGCAAAGUUCAGGUCACCAGGAAAGCAAAGCUUGGAAAACGACAAACAAGUCCUACAAAUUCAGAAAAGCAGAUAGCAGAAAGUGAACAUUCCAAAUCACUGUCAUUCAGCUUGGAUAAGACAGCAGGUGAAGAUGAUGCCUAUGAUUUUAAUACAGACUAUGUGUAA